AUGGGUUGCGGAAUGAGCACAGAGGAGAAGGAGGGCAAGGCCCGAAAUGAGGAGAUCGAGAAUCAGUUGAAGCGGGACAAGAUGAUGCAGCGCAACGAAAUCAAGAUGCUACUCCUCGGUGCUGGUGAAUCUGGCAAGUCCACCAUUCUCAAACAGAUGAAGCUCAUUCACGAGGGUGGCUACUCUCGUGAUGAACGCGAAUCUUUCAAGGAGAUUAUCUUCAGCAAUACUGUCCAAUCAAUGCGCGUCAUCCUCGAAGCUAUGGAGUCCCUUGAGCUGCCACUGGAGGAUCAGAGAAUGGAAUACCAUGUCCAGACCAUCUUCAUGCAACCCGCUCAGAUCGAAGGCGAAGUUUUGCCUCCCGAGGUUGGAGGUGCCAUCGAAGCUCUCUGGAAGGAUCGUGGUGUGCAAGAGUGCUUCAAAAGAUCCCGUGAAUACCAACUCAACGACUCUGCGAGAUACUACUUUGAUAACAUCACUCGCAUUGCCGCUCCGGACUAUAUGCCCAACGACCAGGAUGUUCUGCGAUCACGAGUCAAGACUACUGGUAUCACCGAAACUACCUUCAUCAUUGGAGACUUGACCUACCGCAUGUUCGAUGUUGGUGGUCAAAGGUCAGAGCGAAAGAAGUGGAUUCACUGCUUUGAGAACGUCACCACCAUUCUGUUCCUCGUCGCCAUUUCGGAGUAUGAUCAACUGCUCUUUGAAGAUGAGACUGUCAACCGCAUGCAGGAAGCUUUGACAUUAUUCGAUUCUAUCUGCAACUCAAGGUGGUUCAUCAAGACAUCGAUCAUCUUGUUCCUCAACAAGAUUGAUCGUUUCAAGGAGAAGCUACCUGUGAGCCCAAUGAAGAACUACUUCCCUGACUACGAGGGCGGCGACGACUAUGCUGCAGCCUGCGACUACAUCCUCAACCGCUUCGUCAGCCUCAACCAGCAUGAGACGAAGCAGAUUUAUACUCACUUUACCUGCGCCACCGACACCACGCAGAUCCGCUUCGUCAUGGCGGCCGUCAAUGACAUCAUCAUUCAGGAGAACCUCCGAUUGUGUGGUCUGAUCUAA